AUGGCCCAUAAGGUUCAGGGUGUUGUAGCGGAAUCUAGGGGAGCGCCGGUCAAGCUCACCACCAUAAACGUUCCCGAUCCGGGCCCCGGCGAGGCCCUGGUCCGGGUGCAGGCAUGCGGCGUUUGCCACACCGACCUCCACUACCGCGAGGGCGCAAUCAACGACGACUUCCCCUUCCUCUUGGGACAUGAGGCAGCGGGGGUGGUCGAGAGCGUCGGCCCCGACGUGGACAACGUGGCCCCCGGCGAUUUCGUCGUCCUUGCCUGGCGCGCACCCUGCGGUACCUGCCGCUCCUGCGUCCGCGGCCGCCCCUGGUACUGCUUCGACAGCCACAACGCUACCCAGCCAAUGACCACGGCCGACGGCAAGCCCCUCUCGCCUGCCUUGGGCAUCGGCGCCUUCACUGAGCUGACCCUAGUAGCCGCCGGCCAGGCUGUAAAAGUCCCCGCAGAAGCCAGCCCCGCCGCCGCCGGUCUCAUCGGCUGCGGCAUCAUGGCCGGCCUGGGUGCUGCCGUGAACACCGGCGGCGUCAGCCGCGGAGACUCCGUGGCCGUGUUCGGAUGCGGUGGCGUCGGCGACGCUGCCAUCGCAGGGUCAAAGCUCGCCGGAGCCCACACCAUCAUCGCUAUCGACAUCGACGACCGCAAGCUGGAAUGGGCCCCGCGAGUUCGGCGCCACCCACACCAUCAACGCCCGCAACACUGA